CGUCCCGCCCUCACGGGGCCCCGGGGAACUGGGCCACUCGUCGCUUGGGCGAGAGCAGGCGGCAGCUGGUGGCCCGGCUCGGGCUCGGCACUCGGGCGACCCGGGAGCGACUCCCCCAAGCGCCGCGCGCGUCCCAACGGAGCGGGGCGGUGGGAGGCCCGCGUCGCGGCUCCCACCGCUCUGGAGCUCCGGGCACGGGACGCAGCAUCCCGGCUGGCUGAGGCGGGGAUCCUCGCCCAGAACUUCUUGCCGGGCAAUGUCCACUCAAGUUCUGGGAUUUUUACGCAGCUGGGCUCCCCUCCCCCUGGCAGCAGCCCCGAGGGGUGAGGAGCUAGUCCGUCGGAGGGAGCCGCGGGGCCCUGACUCAUCCGUCGCGCCGGAACCCCAAGCCCCAGGAAGGAAAGGCGCGGAGCAGGCACCCUUCGCCUCGGGGGUUGGAGGGCCUAUUCACACGACGGGGGCGCCCUCGGAGGCACCAGACCUCAGCUCUCUGACCUCCCGGGAACCUAGGUCACCGCCCCACGAGCUUCGGGCGAUGUGGGAUCGCGUGCCUCCCCGCCCCUGGCCCCGGGAUUUAGCCGGGCGCUCCCCACCUCUGGGAGCCUCGGCCCGGGACUCCGCCAGCGCCGUCUUCUCCUCUCCCUUAGAUCCAGCUGCCGCGGGGAAUGACGCCGGUGCUCCCACAGCCCUGGCUCCGGGCGGGGAGGGCGAGCCCCACAGCCGGCCCUGCGACGCCCGCCUGGGCAGCACCGAUAAGGAGCUGAAGGCAGGAGCCACCGCCACGGGCAGCACCCCGACAGCGCCGGGGACCCCCUGGCAGCAGGAGCCGCGGGUUAUGGAUCCAGCGGGCGGCCCCCGGGUCCUGCUCCCGCGGCCGUGCCGCGUGCUGGUGCUGCUGAACCCGCGCGGGGGCAAGGGCAAGGCCCUGCAGCUCUUCCGGAGUCACGUGCAGCCCCUUCUGGCUGAGGCUGAAGUCUCCUUCACGCUGAUGCUCACUGAGCGGCGGAACCAUGCGCGGGAGCUGGUGCGGUCGGAGGAGCUGGGCCGCUGGGACGCUCUGGUGGUCAUGUCUGGAGACGGGCUGAUGCACGAGGUGGUGAACGGGCUCAUGGAGCGGCCUGACUGGGAGGCCGCCAUUCGGAAGCCCCUGUGCAGCCUCCCAGCAGGCUCUGGCAACGCGCUGGCAGCUUCCUUGAACCAUUAUGCUGGCUAUGAGCAGGUUACUAAUGAAGACCUCCUGACCAACUGCACGCUGCUGCUGUGCAGCCGGCUACUGUCGCCCAUGAACCUGCUGUCACUGCACACGGCUUCAGGGCUGCGCCUCUUCUCUGUGCUCAGCCUGGCCUGGGGCUUCAUUGCUGAUGUGGACCUAGAAAGUGAAAAGUAUCGGCGCUUGGGGGAGAUGCGUUUCACUCUGGGCACCUUCCUGCGCCUGGCAGCCCUGCGCACCUACCACGGCCGACUGUCCUACCUCCCUGUAGGAAGAACCGAUGCCAAGACACCCGCCUCCCCCAUUGUAGUCCAGCAGGGCCCGGUAGAUGCACAUCUUGUGCCACUGGAGGAGCCAGUGCCCUCUCACUGGACAGUGGUGCCCGACCAGGACUUUGUGCUGGUGCUGGCACUGCUGCACUCGCACCUGGGCAGCGAGAUGUUUGCGGCACCCAUGGGCCGCUGUGCCGCCGGUGUCAUGCAUCUGUUCUACGUGCGGGCAGGUGUGUCUCGGGCUAUGCUGCUGCGCCUCUUCCUGGCCAUGGAGAAGGGCAGACAUAUGGAGUAUGAAUGCCCCUACUUGGUAUACGUGCCUGUGGUCGCCUUCCGCCUGGAGCCCAAGGAUGGGAGGGGUGUGUUUGCAGUGGAUGGUGAAUUGAUGGUCAGCGAGGCUGUGCAGGGCCAGGUGCACCCGAACUACUUCUGGAUGGUCAGCGGUUGUGUGGAGCCCCCGCCCAGCCAGAAGCCCCAGUAGACACCACCUCCAGAAGAGCCCUUAUGACCCCUGGGCCGAGCUGUGCCUUAGUGUCUACUUGUAGGACCCUUCCUCCUUCCCCAGGGCUGUAGGGCAUGGCCACAGCUCCUGUGGGGUGAAAGGACUCCUCCGGAGAAGUGGGAGAAGGUGCAGGCUGUGCUUUGGGAGGACAGGCCAGAACAAGGUCCUGGGUCAGAAGCCCAGCUGGCUGGGCCCAGCUGCCUGUGUAAGGCCCUCCAAUUUGUUCUAAGACCCUCACCCCAUGAAUCAAAUCCAAAUAAAGUGAUGUUCCCAGCC